AUGCACGAUGUUGAGAUCUCCUGCAAAUUUGAAUUCACCAACCUGCAGUGCACUUCCCUCGACAAAACCUUCGCGGAUUUUGAAUUCUGCUAUUUAAGGUCUGUGAAUCGGAGCUACAAGUACAUAACGCUAAAAGUGAACUUGUUCAAAACGCCAGUUACAAAAGUCAAGUUCAAAGGGAUACUAUACAAGCGAUUUAGCGGCUACAGGCCCUUUAUGUUCAAUAUCACUCUGGAUGCGUGUAGAUUUUUGAGAAACCCCGAUUCGAACCCAGUGGGGAAAUACUUUUUCGAAUUCUUCAAUUCCCACUCGAAUCUCAACCAUUCCUGCCCCUAUGAUCACGAUCUAUUUUUGGACAAGGUUCCCAUAGACUUUGUGAACCACAGAGUUACGAAGGUGCUGCCCUUCCCUGAAGGCGAUUAUCUGCUGGAAACCCGUUGGAUUGCCUAUGAAAUCGAUCGGGCGGUAGUCAAGAUAUAUUAUAAUAUUUCGUAA